UAACAGCGAUUAAGAAGGAGGAAGAGGAGCGUGUUGUUUGUUUAGGUUUUCGCAGGCAAAAUGGGGACUCCUUCGUCCUUUGGCUGUAUUUUGGGACUCUUUGUCCUUCUGUCGCGCACAUCUGCAUCUUCGGAUGUGUUCGAUAGCGUUCUGGGAAACACCGCGUCUUGCCAUAAAUCAUGCGAAAUGACAUACAGUUUGCACACGUAUCCACGGGAGGAAGAACUCUAUGCCUGUCAGAGAGGCUGCCGUCUGUUCUCCAUAUGUCAGUUUGUUCGUGACAGCGAAGAUCUGAAUCAGACCAAAUCAGAGUGUGAAUCAACCUGUCGCGAAGCCUACACGCAGUCUGAUGAGCAGUAUGCCUGCAACCUGGGCUGUCAGAAUCAGCUUCCAUUUGCAGAGCAACGGCAUGAGCAGUUGGAAGCCAUGAUGCCAAGGAUUCACCUGUUGUACCCCCUGACCCUGGUCAGAGGAUUUUGGGAUGAUGUGAUGAGUCAGGCCCACAGCUUUAUCACUUCCACUUGGACAUUCUACCUCCAGGCCGAUGACGGCAAAGUUGUCAUUUUCCAGACUGAACCGCAAGUCAGGUUUUUCUCCCAAUUUGAACUGGAAAAAGAAGUUAAAGAGGAGCAGCAGAAGAGCUUCCCUGGGUUGAGCAGACCAGUUUACAAAGAAUACCAUCGCGCUUUAAUCCAGGAGAGAGACAGAGAUAUGACCGGGGACCGCAGCUACGAUGAUGAAUACAACCUCUUCAACUGUCUCUCAAGGAACCCGUGGCUGCCAGGGUGGAUCCUGACCACAACUCUGAUCCUGUCUGUGUUGGUACUGAUCUGGAUCUGCUGCACCACUGUGGCAACUGCUGUGGACCAGUAUGUACCUGCUGAGAAAUUGAGCAUCUACGGUGACAGCGACUACAUUAAGGAACAGAAACUGACUCCAUAUCCAGCAUCCUCUCUGCUGAUCAUCACCUCCAAAGGGCCAGAGGAGGAGGCCGGGCCACUCCCUUCCAAAGUGAACCUUGGCCAGUCCAACAUCUAGAAGCUAAAGAUGUAGCAGCAAAAGGACAUCCUCCUUUAUGAAUAAUCUUCAGUUGAUUUUUAUCCUCUGACACAAGACCUGUGCUUCUUGUGCUCUAAACAGGAGUAACUAUUUGCAGAACAUUUUGUAUUGCUGAUAUAAUGUCUCAUCUCCCUUUGAUGCUUUCAAAAUUGGAGUGGUGAAAAGGUGUUUUUUUCCUGUAUAUCGGUAUAAUUGAGGCAUUACGGUAUGGUGAUGCAGUACAAGUCAGAUAGGUUUUGGUUUUUUCUCCAAUUUUCUUGUUCUCUGCUCUCUGUUGGUGUACUUAUUUUAUUGAAUAAUAUUUGAAUAAACUGUUUGUGACUUGAACAGAUGCAGGUUUCACCCACAUCCUUGCCUUUCGGUAAAAUAGAUUGUGCUAAUGUUGAAGACUUUUGUUUGUUCUCAUGUUUCUACUGCAGUAAUUUCCAGAUGACAUUGAAUUUCACAGUAAAAAAUCUCUGCUCUUAAUCUUAAUUAAUAGUGGUGGUACAUGCACUAGGUCCUUCCCGCUUCACUGUUGUCUGUUCUCAUAAAGAUGGAUCAGAAUAAAAUACAAUGGAGUGAA